UUCCGUGCGCAGGCGCGGAGUGCGGACCUCGCUGCUGCCCCGGUCGCCUCAGGGCGUCGCACCCACGAACUCUGCCUGCCGUCCCGCCAGUGUGUCCGUCAGUGCCAGCCUCCGCCCCCCGCCCCGGCCCCGGCCCCCGCCGCCCCGAUGGCUGAGCUGCGGCCUAGCGGCGCCCCCGGCCCCGUCGCGCCCCCGGCCCCGGCCCCGGCCCCGGCUCCGGCCCCCGGCCCCGCCGCGCCCCCGGCCUUCGCCUCACUCUUUCCCCCGGGGCUACACGCCAUCUACGGCGAGUGCCGCCGCCUCUACCCUGAACAGCCCAACCCGCUGCAGGUUACCGCCAUCGUGAAGUACUGGUUGGGUGGACCAGAUCCCUUGGACUACGUUAGCAUGUACAGGAAUUUGGGAAGUCCAGGUGCAAAUGUCCCUGAACACUGGCACUAUGUUAGCUUUGGACUGAGUGACUUAUAUGGCGACAACAGAGUCCACGAGUUUACAGGAACAGAUGGACCCAGUGGCUUUGGCUUCGAGUUGACAUUUCGACUAAAGAGAGAAACAGGAGAGUCAGCUCCACCCACAUGGCCAGCAGAGUUAAUGCAGGGCUUGGCCAGAUAUGUGUUCCAGUCAGAAAACACCUUUUGCAGUGGUGACCAUGUAUCCUGGCAUAGCCCUUUGGAUAAUAGUGAGUCAAGAAUUCAGCACAUGCUCCUGACUGAGGACCCCCAGAUGCAACCUGUGCAGACUCCCUUUGGGUUGGUUAUCUUCCUCCAGAUUGUUGGUGUUUGCACAGAAGAGCUACAUGCGGCCCAACAGUGGAAUGGGCAGGGCAUCCUUGAGCUACUUCGAACAGUCCCUGUAGCUGGUGGUCCCUGGUUAAUAACUGAUAUGCGAAGAGGCGAGACCAUAUUUGAGAUUGAUCCACAUCUGCAACAGGAGAGAGUUGAUAAAGGAAUUGAGACAGAUGGCUCCAAUCUGAGUGGAGUGAGUGCCAAAUGUGCCUGGGAUGAUCUGAGUCGGCCCCCUGAGGAUGAUGAUGACAGCAGGAGUAUUUGUAUUGGGAUGCAGCCUCGGAGACUUUCUGGCAAAGAUACAGAGCAAAUCAGAGAGACCUUGAGGAGGGGGCUAGAGAUCAACAGUAAACCUGUCCUCCCUCCAAUCAACACCCAGCGGCAGAAUGGCCUGAAUCACGACCGAGCACCGAGUCGCAAGGACAGUUUAGAAAGCGAGAGCUCAGCAGCUAUUAUUCCCCAUGAGCUAAUUCGCACACGACAGCUUGAAAGUGUACAUCUGAAAUUCAACCAGGAGUCUGGAGCACUAAUUCCACUUUGUCUGAGGGGCAGACUGUUACAUGGACGGCACUUUACAUAUAAGAGUAUUACAGGAGAUACAGCCAUCACAUUUGUAUCAACAGGAGUGGAAGGCGCGUUUGCCACUGAAGAGCAUCCAUAUGCAGCCCAUGGACCCUGGUUACAAAUUCUGUUGACUGAAGAAUUUGUAGAAAGAAUGCUGAGAAGACUUAGAAGAUUGACUUCUCCAGAGGAAUUCAAACUUCCCAAGGAGUACAGCUGGCCAGAAAAGAAACUGAAAGUGUCCAUUUUGCCAGACGUUGUGUUGGACAGCCCGGCUGCACUAGCCCUGGAUUCGUCCCCUUCCUUCAGACGACCACGAGAGCCCGGCCUAGCUCCCAAGUGACUCAACAGUGUAAUGAUUGCAGUAAAAACGAUUCCUGCAAAUAAAAGGAAAAGAGAGAGAGGAUUACUGCACAGCCACUGCAGCCCACAAUGGGUGCGUACACAUGGGCCUGGCCCCGGCUCCCCUCCACCUCCCUCUUAUCUGGGGGCCAGGCCACUCCAGGCCCAUUAGGAUUGAAAUUGAGACCAUGUUCCAGCCCAGCUCAGUUCAGGUCCCCCCCCAGACCAGAUGAGCAGCUGAUGGCUCCUCAUUCCACCUCUGGUUCUGGUUUGGGAUAUGGUUCUAGGACCCUUGACUUUCCCACAAGCUGUCUGAACUCCACUCCUCUAUGCUUGCCCACUUCUGCAGGUCUGGGGAAGAGCCCUAGACCCACGGAUUAAAUGUGCUGGCUCCUCCUGACUCUGGAAACCUUUUGUUAGUCAAAUUCCUCCUGGCUACAGAACAAUUCCUCCGAGUGUGUUUGGGUUUUUUGUUUUGGUUUUCCUGUUUUAUUUUUUAGAAACCAUCUGGUAUUUAAUUGCUCCACAGAGGUGUCUAGAAGCUGUCGUGCAUUCUGUUUUUGUUUUAAAUGGAACUUGAACUUUGUUCUCUUGGAAAAGGGCAGGGGAUACCUGGCCUUUCCCCCUCCCACCCCCCAGCCAUGUCACUAGAAGGUGCUUAGUGUUUGCCUGCCAAUGAAUAGCUAUUCUAGGGCUUUUUGGACUGAAGGACUUUUCUUCACCAGCUCACAAGGCAUUUUGGCUCCAUUGGAAGGGUGUUCAGAAGUAGGAGACAUCUAGGUAGGACAUGGGUGAAGCUGUAUCUCAGGAGACCUGAGACCCCCUAUCGUGAUACCAGGCCCUGGCCCAAUCCUUACUGGGAAAGGCUGUGUUCUGUGCCAGGUGGGUUGGGCUCUCAAAGCCUUGGGGAGCCCCUUGGCCUGGAAACGGCGCCUGUGAGGCGUGAGGAUUGCAGCCAGCACUGCCCAGACUCCUGGAAACUUGGAGAAGAGAUGGGCCUCGCCUUCUCAGUGGGCUUCUCACUCUAACUGGGCCAGCCUAGGCGAGGGAGAGUCUCAGCCCCUGCAGGCACCUCCCCCACCUCCAGCUUAGCUCAGGGUUUGUGUGACCUUUUAGGUCCCCAUUCUCUCUCCUCCCUCCUUUCUGAUCUCAUCUUCCCUCAGUCCCCCACAGCUCCAGGCUCUAGGAAUUUCUAGUUUAUUAAAAGCUGAAAAAUAAACUUCCAACAUCUGUCUUGUUAUCAUUUUGCAACAGCACAUUCCACCUCCUCUCCUUCCUAAAUUCAUUUAUUUCCUUUAUUUGUUCCUCUUUCUCAUCUCUCCCCCCAGACCUCUGUCUUCUCCUGUACUUUUUCCCUUUGCCCCUGCAUCUCAGGCCUUUCUCUCUGGCCUCCUCUACAUUUCUGGCUUCUUUCCCACUAACAUCCUCUGACUUUAUUCUGUAUCUCUAGGCUUUUUUCCUGAACUUCUGUCCCUCUCCCCCUAAAUCUCUGGCUUCUCCCCCUGCAUUUCUGGCCAUUCUCCCACUAACAUAUUUUUGACUUCUCGUGUCCCUGGCCUCUAUCUUCCUGCAUCUCUGACUUCUUUCCCCCUAUAUCUCUAGUCCCUCCUUCCAUUCCUCCCUCCCUUUAUCUCUGACUUCUCAUCACAAGUCCUUUCUCUCUCUCCUGUCACUCCCCAAGUCCCUAACUUCUUAUCCUCACAUAACCUCCCGCAUUAGGACACCCCACCAUCACCUCCAAGGAUGAUAACCCAAUUCUGGCCUCCCAAGGCCUCCUUUAGGUUUCCUCCCACCUCAGACCUGAAUGUAGUUGCUUUAUUUCCGGCACCUUCCAAGACACAUCUCCAUAAUAAGAGAAACAUGUCAUGGACCAUGCCAUCGAUUACAGUUCACAGAAAGCUGGCACAAGAGACAACCCCUCUGAUGCCCAGGAAAAGAAUUGCCCUGAGCACUUCUCUAGGGAAUUGAAGGAUGAAGAUUGGUGCCAAAGAGCAGAGAAAGAAGCUUGACAUGAAGUAGUGUCCAAGAACCCCAACCCUUUCCUAACAGUCCCCAGAGUGGUUAUGGUCUAGUCCGAGUUCAAGACAUGUUCUUGUGGACUAUUGAUGAACCUUAGACGUCCUUCUCUGGACUUCCCACGCACAGCUUCCACUCAGGCCUAGGGAUUCUUGAGAAUGAACUUCAUCUUUCACUCAUGAAAAAUGUGGGUGUUGCAGUUGCAGGCCCCCAAUUCCCAAAUUCCCCAGCAAGGUUCCAUCUUCAUCCCAUGUUGCUGUUGGCAUCACAGGACCCAGGUGGACGGUUACCGCAUUGUUGUCUCUGACUCCAGCAGUCUGCUUUGGUCUUCUCAGGAGGAUUUUUCCAGGAAGAAAUCUUUAGCCUUAGCCCUGAGUUGUUUCCAAUUCAUCUCCUUUUAAAAUCUUCCACUUCUCUGCCUCAUGGAGGGAGAAGAAAGGUGCUGCCAGCCCAAUCAGUCACUGCUCUCUAAGCUCUAGACAGAGGUCUCCUUGCCUCCUCCACCCCACAAUCCUUUCCACCUGCCCAUAUUUUUAAUCUGGUUUGUUGUCUAAGCCAGUUUCCCUUGGUGCCAAAAGCACCAGGUUACUACUGCAUGAGGAAGUCUGGGUUUAAUGAGUUGAUUGUCAGCAUCAGGGACCUGGAUAGUGCUGUGUGAUGGGGAGGUGGCAUGGAAGAAAACACAUUGGCCAGAAAGCCUGUGACCAUAGACACAUCUUCCCCCUCCUGUCCUAAGAACAGUUCCUCCCAGGCCCAGGACUUCAUGUCUCUUUUCCAAAGUACUUUCCAUCCAUCGCUGUGCAUGUGCAUGCUGUCUCCAUAUUGGCUCUGGUCUCUCCCUGGGUGCAAGUUGGAAAGGAACUACAAGUGAGGUGAUCUCCAUGGUUUUCCUGUUCAGGAUACCCAGAAGGAGUGGAGAAGGGAUCAUCGCUGUGCUCUUUACUGACCCAGCUUUCCCUUGGACUCGGUAGACUCAUUCUCCAGACAGAAAUUCUCAGGAACUUGUAUCCUGGACUGACUAUCCACUCUUUUCCUACUUUGAACUCUUCCAGCUCCAAGGGAGGAUCCUCCCUUCCCUAGAGCAGCUGAUUAUUCAGUGGUCCCACUUUGGACCAUUUUUCUCUCCCAUAACCCCCUCCUGUCUCGGAUUCUAUGGUAGCCUCUUUAAGAAGGGGAAGCUUCCCAGUAUGUACAGUCCUGAUUGGCUAUCUGGUUGGAUAACAGUAAAGCCUUAUAGGACACAGAAGCUUUCAGAAUCCUGGGCAGUGCUUGUCAUUGUCACUUAUCACUUCUGGGCAGCCAGCUACCCCUUAGAGGCUAAAGAAUUGCUCACAUCCAUUUCUCUGAGUCAGAGUGUAGGAAUCCAACCAUGGUCAUUCUCCAUCUUGAGAACGCUCUGGUCUUGUCUCUUUCCAAAGGGGUGGCCCAAGGAAUAAAAUGAGAGGAGUAGGGAGAGAUCUCAGGGAUCUGAAAAGGCUAGAGCCCUUUUUGAGAAGAGACAGACCUAAGACUGUUUGGCCUGAAUUUUGAAGUUUUGUGGAGAGCUGAACUCUUGACACUCUACUGUGAGAGAGUCCCCCCUUCUCUGCUUUUUAACUAGACUCUUUUCCUCUCUGCCUGAGAGGGCCUUAUGCCCAAAGGGAAGUGCUAAGUCCUGCCUUGGGUCAGAAUACUGUAACUCAACUUCUCAUUUUGUUACAAAAACCUGAGAGCUGCUUUGAGCAGACCUUUUUUAAUCUUUUGUACUAGUUUCUAUUGUCAGUGGUGACUUGGUUCCUGGGCACUGUGGCAGGCCAGGACUUUUGUAAGAAUUUUUUCAGUGACUCACUGAAACCGUUUCCUUCCCACCCCCUCUCCCUCAAUGUAAUCUAAGUGCAUUAAACAUGUUUGCAGAA